AUGCAAAAUGGACUAACCCAAAUAUUACCCGACAUCCUUUCUCUCCCAGCUCUCCAAGAUGGCCGUCCUCGAAGGAAAAAGUGUCUCCGAGUUUGAAGAAAUUGUGUCAAAUGCCGGCAGUUCCCUGGUUGUUGUUCACUUCUGGGCUGACUGGGCCCAGCAGUGUGCACAGAUGAACGAUGUCAUGGUAGAACUGGCCAAGGAACAUCUGCAGGUCAAGUUUGUCAAGGUUGAAGCAGAGGCAGUACCUGACAUAUCUGAGCGUUAUGAAGUCGCAGCUGUGCCAACAUUCAUUUUCAUCAAGAACAAACAGAAGAUAGACAGGUUGGACGGUGCCCACGCUCCAGAAUUGACCAAGAAGGUUCAGACUCUGGCCUCUGCUGCUGUCUUACCUUCAACAACAGCAGCUGCAGCACCUAAAGAGGACUUGAACACCAGGUUGAAGAAGCUUGUGAGCUCAGCUCCUGUCAUGCUGUUUAUGAAAGGAACUCCUGAAGCCCCACGUUGUGGUUUUAGCCGUAAGAUGAUCGACCUUUUGAGUGGCCAGAAAGUCAGAUUUAGUUACUUCAACAUACUGGCAGACGAGGAAGUCAGGCAAGGACUGAAGACCUUCUCCAACUGGCCCACCUUCCCUCAGCUUUAUGCAAAUGGGGAACUUCUUGGUGGCUUGGACAUUAUAAAGGAAAUGGCAGAGAGUGGAGACUUAGCAACAGCCUUACCUAAAACAGAGACACUGGAAGACAGGCUGAAGACCCUGAUCAAUAAAGGACAAGUCACUCUCUUCAUGAAGGGAAAUAGGCAGGAACCAAGAUGUGGCUUCAGCAAACAGAUCAUAGGUAUUCUCAAUGACACCAGUGUGCAGUAUGAGACUUUUGACAUCUUGCAAGAUGAAGAGGUUCGCCAGGGGUUGAAGAAGUUCUCCAACUGGCCAACCUACCCACAGCUGUAUGUAAAAGGAGAGCUGAUUGGUGGACUGGAUAUUGUGAAGGAAUUGAAGGAGUCUGGUGAACUGGAGUCCAUACUACAGAAUGGGCAAUGACACCCUAGCAACCUUUAGCAGGAAGUAAGAAGUAUAGGAGACACAUGAACAUAAAAACUACUGUGUAGAAGUAGAAAUAGUACAUAUCACACAAUGCUUUCCUCCCCAGAAUUCAACAUGUUGUUUACAUUUGGCCAUAACUCAGUUUUAUUCAAUAAACAUUACCAUUCAUAAAAAUUCACCCUCCUGAUGUUAUUGAAUGUAAUCUUACUAUUUCAUAGUUCUUGUCCUCGACUGAAGUGAACUGAUAGUUCUUGAUUCCUGACGCCAACGAACCAAGUUAACUUCAGACAUCGAUAUCAUUGUUAACAAAGUAGGCAUUCAAAACAUUGCACUUUUGACUUGUAUGUGAAAAACACUCUUUUGUGAUUCUGAAGCAGAUUAAGCAGUUAACGUUAUAAAAAGUUGUACAUUGUAUUUACUUUACAAUUAUGGUUAUGCACUGUUUGCUUCUCUAAAGAAUGUUUUUCGUUGGUUGUGGUACAAGGUUCUGAACUGGCUGUAAUGUUAACUAUGACACCACUGGAGGACAUAAACUUUAAUAACCUGGAAUCAAGAACUACAAGUAUGAUUUUUAAGAUUCGAUCUUCAGCAACAUCAGAAGGGAAUAGAUUAUGAACAAACAGUUUAUUGAAUAGCACUUAAUACAAUUGUUAUAAACAGAAAAGUUACAUUUUAGUUAAGGCUUUUACAUAGAAAUUUAUUGAAAAUCUUCAAUAUUAGUAUAUCGUCUUGUAUAUGCAGAAAAUUUACAUAAAGAUUCCAUUGUCAACAUACAACAUAAAGAAGGACAAGAAUACUAGAAAAGCUUCCUAUAGCCUAUUUUUCAAACUUCUGUAGCAUUUGUGUAUAUUUUCGGGGGAGUGCUGAUUUGUAAUUUCAACAUGGGGUAAGGUUCACUAUGCGUUGGGAUAGGGUGUCUGGAAAGGUAUUAGCUAUGUAAUUUGUUGCAACAUUAUGUAACUAUGCUUUACUUGAGGAAGGGUGUGUUGGGUUCAUACAGUAUGCAUAUGCAUGGAAUAAAGGUAUGUCUUUGUUGUUAAUCCUGUUUAGAUUUAUAUGCCAGACUGUGUCCCUCAACAUAAAAUACUUAUCUAUUCAUAACCUUGUUCCUAUUAUGUAUUGUGACAUGCAGUGACUGAGUGUCAAUUCAAAGAAGUUUCAGUGCUACAUGUACAGCAAAACACUAGUCAAGUUUCGUAUGGCACAAGUUUGGGAUAGAGGCUUUGGACUGCAAGUUACGGCUUUCAGUAAUACAACUAUUUGUCUAAACAUAUAGCUUUUAUUGUGGAUCAAAUUUGAACUGUAAUUUUCUAACACAAAAAUUGGACUUUUGUGUUGGAAAUUAUACUUCAACUUUGAUCCAGAAUGUCUCACACCAAUACAGAUUAACUUUCAAGUUAUAUAGCUUUUAUAAAGCAGCAUGAUUUGCGUUUCACAAAAAAAUACAAGCAGUUUCAGUUUGAUGAUGUAUUUUGGCAAACAGAAGUGAAUAAAGCUGAGAUGGUCUUCACGCUUAA